AUGGCCUCAGUUAGCCUCGAGGAGCUUCAUCAUUACCACAAAAUUGAUAGGGAUGUAUUCUCUCGACUGGUUAUUCAAUUUAAGCGCGACCCUGCAGAAUCCUUACUUGUCAUGGCUGUUUGGCUGUGGCUUGAAGAGAAGGGUUACCCGAACAUUGUAGUAAAAAUGGUUGGGUUGCCUGAUACUAUUGUGAUUGGAUUAGCAAAUGAAGCUGUUUUAUGUUUGAAGUGUCUAGAAUCCAAGACUCCUCUUGUGGCACCAGGUGGUGGCAUUCCCCUAACUGCAAGACUUAUGGAAAGGGACAUUUCUUUGCAAAUGUUCAACCAAAACAGAUUCAGUGCAAUCAGUGGGAUAAAGAAUUUUCUUAACAGUGUUUGUUGUCAUAUUUUUAACGAUAUUCUACAACGUGCUCUGGAUGGCACUUCCCAAGUAAUUUUGAACCAGCCUCUUGUGGUUCCUAGUUCUACACACCCACUAUUUGGUGCCAUAACUGUAGUACCAAAGCCAAUGGGUAGUGAUUUUUCUAUUGGUGGAUUAUGGGGUUGGCAACCAACUGAUGGUGUUACAGAGGAUGAUAGGACAAUGUUUCUGACUUUCUCGCGGGGCUUUCCCGUGCUGGAAGAGGAAGUGAAGGAGCAUUUUACAGAACUUUAUGGGGAUUGUGUGGAGAGUGUCCAAAUGGAGACCGUCCCUUCCAAUGAGCAACCCUUGUAUGCUAGAAUGGUUUUGCAUUCUGUUACUUUUGUUGAUCGGAUUUUGAAUGGGAAACGCAUAUCCAAAUUUCGGGUCAAUGGCAAACACAUGUGGGCUCGGAAGUAUGAACGUCGAGAAUAGAUCAUCUAAAGAGAUCAGCCUGA